CAAGCAGAGCAGACCAGAGACGGGGAUCUCAGCUGCCAAUACUUUUUCCACGACGAGAAUCCAGAUUCCGGGCCCGGGGACGGCGGGGCAGAGACAUGGACAAGUUGUCACUGUGUUUCCUGGUCGUCAUCGGCCUCCCUGGAGCUUUUCUCCAAAGCGACAUGCAAAAAAAGGCCUUUGUGUUCCCCAUAGAGUCCGAUAAGUCCUUUGUAACCCUGUUUGCUCAAGUCCAGGAGCCAUUGAAGGCUUUCACCGUAUGCCUGCGAGUCUAUACCGCCUUGACCCGCCCAUAUAGCCUCUUCUCUUACGCCACCAAGACACAGAGCAAUGAGAUCCUCCUCUUCAAGUACAAGAGUGGAGUAUACAGCGUAUCUGUGGGUGGCUCGGACGCCUACUUCAAGACUCCGGAGAAGUCUUAUGCACCAGUGCACUUCUGCACUAGCUGGGAGUCCAGCUCGGGGAUUGUAGAGCUCUGGGUGGAUGGGAGGCCCAUGGUGAGGACGAGUCUGAAGAAGGGAUACACUGUGGGGGCAGGAGCAAGCAUCAUCCUGGGGCAGGAGCAGGAUUCCUUUGCUGGGAACUUUGAUACGAAACAGUCCUUAGUGGGAGACAUUGGAGAGGUGAACAUGUGGGACUUUGUGCUGUCACCAGUCGAAAUAAACUCCGUCUACAAUGGUAAGGCCUUCAGCGCCUUCAGCGCUAACGUCCUGAACUGGCAGGAGCUGAAGUAUGAAGCACAAGGUGAAGUGUUCGUCAAGAACCAGCUGUGGAUCUGAGACCUUCUGUCAGUCCUGGAGCUGCCUCCUGGGGGUGGGGGGUGGGGUCACACCUCACAUGGCCCUCUUUCGAUCCGGCUCUGAGGGGGGACCCCUACACACGUGGGGGGGCCGUGUUUCCCUCUGCCUCCUCCACUCUGUUUUCAUCAGCACAAGGGACAGCGCCGGGCAGAGGGGCUGUUCGGGACCACACCACCUGACCUGGGGGAGGGGCGCCUGGGUGGCCCAGUCCUUUGAGGUUUCGGCAAAGGUCAUGAUCUCAUGGCUUUGUGG